UAUAAAUAAUGCACCCAUCCAUCACCCUGUCUCCUAAAGCAACAAGAAAAAAAAAAUGGAAGGCAUACUGAUCUCAUCGUCGCCACUCAGGUUCCAACCAUUGACGAAGUUAUCUGGAACCAAGAAGAGAACACGAACCACCGUGUGUGGCGGCUACUACUACAGAGGAGGAAGAGUGGUGGACGAGAACAUGGUGAUCCUUAGGAAACGGAUCCACGAGAGGAAGAUGGUCGAGCGAAACUAUGAACCUCCUUCCCAUUGGAUGCAGUGGGAGAAACGUUUCUACUGCAACUACGACGCUAACAUCUGUGCCGCUCUCUCACUUCUCCAAAAUUUUCUAAUGAAUUCUCGUCCCAGUGUUGCGUUUGGAACGAUGCUUCUCCUCUUCGUUAGCGUCCCCGUCUCCACUACCUUCUUUGCGUUUCGGAUGCUUGACAUCGUUCUUUGGCUUAUGGAUGCCACUCACGUAGGAUGAUCGUGUAUAUGUUUUGCCUUGAUGUGUUACAGGCUCUUAUAAUCAAUAGUUUCUUUUCAAGAAAGUGUUCUGUUUAUAAAAUACUAGACAAUUCAGAUUUUAUCAUUA